GAUUCUUUGUGUUCAAGCAAACAAAUAGCCGGAGAGCCUUAAUCGGGUACUGAACCAUUUUCUACAAAAUCAUUACUACGGACAUCAAACUUUCAAAUAGCCCGCUGAAUCUUAUAAGAGGUCUUGCAAUCGUAGCCGGCGAAGCAAGUGGGAGGACGACGUAGCGAUAGCGAUUUAGCAUUUGCAGUUUAGGGGGAGGGUAGCCUCACCACUGGACUAGAUGAGUGGGAGAGCGGCAAAGUGGACACCAAGGGCAUCUGUCCAUCGGAACAUUUAAAAACGAGUUUCAGCACCUUGACUCGGUGUGGUGUCCAGCAGAUAAUCGAGCCUUAUUUAAGAAUGCUCUGAAUGCUCACAGGCAAAUCAGCGGCUGGUCAGUGUGGAGAUGAAGCAGGACCUGCUGUUGCCGGGCAACACCAGCACCAUUGCCAGCAGGGGCCAUCAAAGGCGGCAGCGAUCAGCAACGGCACCGACCGCUGCCUCUACCCCCACGACCAUCAUCGCCCCGCCAACCUCACCAGGUAGCACCCCCUCUUCCUCCUCCAACUCCUCAUCUUCCUCGGUCCGCACCAGCGUGGAGGAAGGGCCUGAGGAUGAAGGAAUGCUGGAGCCAGUGGCAGCCGAGGAGGAAGAGGAGGAGGAGGAGGAGGAAAGGGAGGCAGAAAGCGAGCAGGGCCGUGAUGAGGGAGGAGAUGAUGAUAGAGAUGAUGAUGAUGAUGAGGAGGAGGACGAGGAGGGUGAAGAACCUCAACAGGACAGUUUAGCAAGGGAAGGGUCAGACGUUGGGGGCGAGAGCUGCACAUGCCAUGGCGAAGAACACGAUGACGAUGACGGUGACAAUAUUGAGGACAAUGACAGCGGACAUUUUGCUCAACAGUUGGAGAUGGAGGGACAGUGUGGUGAGCAACACGAUGAAGAAGAGGUGGAGGAGGAAGAGGAGAAUGACUGCUACAACUCUGAGCACUCUGAGGGAAGUUUAGGAGAGGACGACGAGGAGGAAGAGGACGAGGGGACUGAGGAAGAUGAGGGAAGGACGGAUGGGACUUCUUCACACACAAGUCACGGCACAGAUGAUGGCAGGAGCAGUGACUGUCCAAAGGGACUGCAGAACAAACGCUCCAACGCCAGCCUUCUCCUGAUGAAGAGGAAGUUGGACCAAGGCGAGGUCCGAUCCUUCCCUACAGGAAAGAAACCCAAGGGCUCAGACUAUUCAAGCCCUGUUGGUCUCGUUCCAUACUCGUCCACUCCCACCACGUUCGGGGACCUCCGAGCCGCCACUGGACAGGGGCUUCAGCGACGGCGUAUCACUUUAGUCCCGCCUCCGGCUGGCAUGCAGGAUUGGCUUCACACCUUCCAGACAUGGUCGGGUCCUGAGAGGCUGUUGGCUCUGGAUGAGCUGAUUGACAGCUGCGAGCCGUCUCAGGUGAAGCACAUGAUGCAGGUGAUCGAGCCGCAGUUCCAGAGAGACUUCAUCUCACUGCUGCCCAAAGAGCUGGCUCUGUAUGUGCUGUCAUUCCUGGAGCCCCGCGCCCUGCUGCAGGCGGCUCAGACCUGCAGGUACUGGAGGAUCCUGGCAGAGGACAACCUGCUGUGGAGAGAAAAAUGCAGAGAGGACGGCAUAGAUGAGCCGCUGCAUGUUAAGAGGAGAGGGCUGAUGAAGCCGUGUUUCACUCACAGCCCCUGGAAGAGCGCCUUCAUCCGCCAGCACAGGAUAGACACCAACUGGAGGAGAGGAGACCUGCGCUCGCCCAAGGUGUUGAAAGGUCACGACGAUCAUGUGAUCACCUGCCUGCAGUUCUGCGGAAACCGGAUAGUCAGCGGCUCAGACGAUAACACCCUCAAAGUGUGGUCAGCCAUUACUGGAAAGUGUUUGCGGACGCUGGUGGGACACACGGGCGGCGUGUGGUCAUCCCAGAUGCAGGACAGCACCAUCAUCAGUGGCUCGACCGACCGCACACUGAAAGUGUGGAACGCCGAGACGGGCGAGUGCGUGCACACGCUGUACGGACACACCUCCACUGUGCGCUGCAUGCACCUGCACGGCAAGAGGGUGGUGAGCGGUUCGCGGGACGCCACGCUGCGCGUGUGGGACGUGGAGUCGGGCCAGUGCCUGCACGUGCUCAUGGGCCACGUGGCGGCGGUGCGCUGCGUCCAGUACGACGGGCGGCGCGUGGUCAGCGGCGCCUACGACUUCAUGGUCAAGGUGUGGGACCCCGAGACGGAGACGUGCCUGCACACGCUGCAGGGCCACACCAACAGGGUCUAUUCACUGCAGUUCGAUGGCAUCCACGUGGUGAGCGGUUCUCUGGACACGUCCAUCCGCGUGUGGGACGUGGAGACGGGUAACUGCGUCCACACGCUCACCGGCCACCAGUCCCUCACCAGCGGCAUGGAGCUCAAGGACAACAUCCUGGUCUCGGGCAACGCCGACUCCACCGUCAAGAUCUGGGACAUCAAAACCGGACAGUGCCUUCAGACUCUACAAGGGCCUCACAAACACCAGAGCGCUGUCACGUGCCUCCAGUUCAACAAGAGCUUUGUGGUGACUAGCUCGGACGACGGCACGGUCAAGCUGUGGGACCUGCGCACGGGCGAAUUCGUGCGUGACCUGGUGAGCCUGGAGAGCGGCGGCAGCGGCGGCGUGGUGUGGCGUAUCCGCGCCUCCAACACCAAACUGGUGUGCGCCGUGGGCAGCCGCAAUGGCACAGAGGAGACCAAGCUGCUGGUGCUGGACUUCGACGUGGACAUGAAGUGAAGGGGCAGAGGCCGUGUGGCCAGCUGUGACUGAAAUACCAACGACUCGGUCCCUGUGGAGAGGGGGGCGUAUGAGACCGAGUUACCCCCCCCCCCCCUCACCCCCCUCAAAAAAACAUGGAGGUGAUGGGGAAGUGGAGUUCUUAUUGACAGUUUCGAGAUCACCUCAAGAACGUAGCGGGAGGCAACAGAUUAUGCCAGAAUGUUCUAGAAUUCCGUUUCCACAUCACCUCCAGUCCCUGCCCCUUCUCCUCGGCUGGCACCGCCCUUUGGACUGAGACCCCAAUCAAAAAAAAGGGAUGGUCGGCUAGCGCUGAAGCACUGACUUAAAACUGAUACAAAGGCCAAAAUUUCUCCAUCUCCCUCUACUGGUGUGGAGAUGUAUUGCACAGAAACUCAUCGCUCUCCGAACAGCCUGGUUUAGCUAUGUGGGGGGAUGUGAGUAUAAGGUACUGUAGUGAAUGUAGGCUUCUUCAAGAGACAUUUAAUACCAAGCCAGGCUGUGGAUUGACUGCUGUACAAAACAAGUCUACACGAAAGAGAGAGAGAAAAAGAAAAAAAAACUUCAAACACGGACGUUUUGUCACGCCAUAGUAAAUAUUGUAUAAAGGAAAAACAUGCUGAAAUGGAUGUAAAUUGUUUUCUAAAGAGAAUAUGAAUAUUGCUUCUUAUGGGGGUGGGUCAGGGCAUGAAAAAAAGUAUAUAUGUGGCAACAGCCUUUAAAAAAAAAAAAACUCACCUCAUCAUUUUUUACAAAGUUCACUUAUUUGCCGCUGUGUCGUCUCUCGACAUCUUUUGAGGACAUCCUGUACUGUGAAAGUUUGAUCGUUCUUGCAUUGUCACUCAUCAAGACGAGGAAGAAAAAUAAUCCAUGCCACAACACCCAUCCUGUUCUACCAUACUUGCCAAGAAACUCACCGAGUUUCACAGUGUUAUUACCCCCCCCCAUCCCUAGUCUCCUCCCUCGCUCUCCUCCUUCUCAUUCUUUCUCUCGCUCUCUCUUUCUCAGCUUACUUGGUCAAGUUUGUGGAACCGCUCUAUAUCCUCUAUGGCCAAACCUGCUGAAAUGGUCUGCUGCUACUAAGAAGACCUUCUUUUUUUAAUCAAUGCUGUUUUCAUGGCUGUGACGUUUUAGUCCCAGGAUGAAUAACUUCCAAACCAGACGUUGCUGUGUUGACUUUGUCCUUUUCGUUUGUGCCAUUGAUACUGAAGCCAAAUGUGCCUCUAAGAGGCUAACGGUGAUUGACAGGUGGUGAGCGUGCUUGUGGUGCUGUGUGUGUACUUGUCGAAUGAAAGCUAGUCGGUUGAAAGCUGUGAGUGAAUGAAUGUGCUCCAUCUUGUGCUCCGUUUCUGAGAUGUAUGGCUUUUUGUUAAACGCAAGGAGGAUGUAAUGGCAUUGGUUACUUAUUGAUGGUGAUUUAUUUUUAUUUAUUAUUGUAUAUGGCCACUGUGACUGUGUUUUGCUUUCUCAGUGUCUGAUCUUGUUAUGACUAUGAACGCAAGACUUUUAGCUAAGCUGGCCAUCCACAUAGGCUACUCUCCGUGUUAAUUGCCAUACACCAGUCAAUCUGAACUGUGACAUGUAAUUGAGCAUUGCUCUCCUUCACAACCGUUUUCUUUUCUUUACUUUUCUUGCCCCUCAUCCUAUCCCCCCCCACCCCCCUACCCCAACAACCCUGGUUUAUGUUCUGUUCUGGUUUGUGAAAUCAGAUGAGUCUGGCUUGAUGUUUCAUUCGAAAGGUGGGAUUAGGAAAAAAAAGGAUCAUCUUAUCAUUUGAUCCAUGACAUUUUUUAAUCAUUAUUGUUAUUUUCUUAUAAAUUAUAAAGUGCAAUAAAUUGUGCGGUAUCAUUUUUCAA